AGGAGGGGAAGACAGAGAAGGGGAGAGAAAGACAGACCUGCUUCACCGCCUGUAAAGCGAACCCCCUGCAGGUGCGGAGCCGGGGGCUCGAACUAGGAUACUGAUGCCGGUCCGUGCGCUUCCCGCCAUGUGCGCUUAAGCCGCUGCCUCACCCACUGGCUCCCAUUACUAAAACUUUUAUAAAACGGAUAUUCAAGAGAAUGGUUAGCGCCAUUUUUUUUUUUUUUUUUUUUUUUGCUUUAACUGUUCUCCAGGCACACCCUCUAUAGAGGUCCAUAGGGAAAAAGAAAUAUUUCAUUUUGAUUGGAUAUUACGGAGUGGGGGCUGUACCUUGUUUCCAGCUUGAUGGAUUUGCACAUUAUCCAAUGACAGUGACGAAUAGUUGUCUGUGUGGCAAGACCUUCACCCAAUUAGAUUCUGAGUCAGUGACCGUGGCCCGCUCUCUGUCCAAUCUGGAUUUCUGGUGAGCAGUACUCUCAAAUGAAAGACACUCCAGGAAGUAAGACGCAUUAGCGAUCUUGUGUUUCUGGGGGACCCUUGUUUUUCUCUACAUUUCUUUUAUUUUUCUCUAUCACUCUUAUCUCCUGCUGACUUGGACCUUAAGGAGGAAUCUUCAGAGAGUUCAGCACCUGGACGGCAUAUUGUGCAGCGUUAUCAAGUGAAAAAUCUGUGCUGGUGGAUUUUAAAGCAUAUUCCCAACGUGCUGCUGUGACUACAGUUCAUUUUCUGGCCAGAAAAGGAAGUCAGAGACGGAGGAGAAAUUAGAGGUUCUUCAGGUGCAGUUGUGAAGAGGCUGUGCUGCUGGACUCAAACUACUGCUGUGAUUUCUCUUUAUUUUCUGGCCUGAAAGAACAUCCCGAGAAAGAGGAAGAAAUGGCAGUUUCUUGGUGCUCAGUGACCUAUGAAGAUGUAACAGUGAUAUUCACUCAAGAGGAGUGGGCACUAUUAAAUUCUUCAGAGAAGAAACUCUACAGAGAUGUGAUGUUGGAAAACUUUAGAAACAUUCUCUCAAUAGGACAGUUACAAGGGGACCAUUCCAUCAAAAAGCAGUAUAGCCACCAAGGAAGUAAAAGUAAAAUAGUGAAAAUCUCUGAGGCCAAAGAACGAAGUCAAAACGGCAGGAAACCUCAAGAAUGUGAAGUAUAUAACAAAGCAUUCACUUAUUCAAGUCAUCUUAAAAAACAUAAAAGAACUCACACUGGAAACAAACCCUAUGAAUGUAAACAAUGUAGUAAAACAUUCAGCACAUCCAGUUAUCUACGGAUACAUGAAAGAACUCAUAGUGGAGAGAAACCCUAUGAGUGUAAACAGUGUAGUAAAACAUUCAACACAUCCAGUAAUCUUAGGUAUCAUGAAAGUGUUCACAGAGGAGAGAAGCCCUAUGAAUGUAAACAGUGUGGUAACAGAUUCAGUUGUUCCAGUUCUCUUCAGAGACAUGAAAGAACACACAGUGGAGAGAAACCAUAUCAGUGUAGUCAAUGUGGUAAAAGAUUCAGUUUUUCUGGUUGUUUACAGAAACAUGAAAGAACGCACAGUGGAGAGAAACCCUAUAAUUGUAAACAAUGUAAUAAAACAUUCAGUCAAUGUGGUCAUCUUCGGACACAUGAAAGAACUCACAGUGGAGAGAAACCCUAUGAAUGUAAACAAUGUAGGAAACCAUUCAGUACUUCCAGUGCUCUUCGGAUACAUGAAAGAACUCACAGUGGCGAGAAACCCUAUGAAUGCAAACAAUGUAGGAAAACAUUCCGUUGUUCCAGUUCUCUUCGGAUACAUGAAAGAACUCACAGUGGAGAGAAGCCCUAUGAAUGUAAACAGUGUAAUAAAACAUUCAGUACUUCCAGUGAUCUUAAGACACAUGAAAGAGCUCACAGUGGAGAGAAUCCCUAUGAAUGUAAACAGUGUGGUAAAAGACUCAGUUGUUCCAGUGCUCUUCAUAAACAUGAAAGAACACACAGUGGAGAGAAACCCUAUGAAUGUAGUCAAUGUGGUAAAAGAUUCAGUUUUUCUGGUUCUCUUCAAAGACAUGAAAGAAUGCACAGUGGAGAGAAACCCUAUGAAUGUAAACAGUGUGGUAAAAGAUUCAGUUGUUCCAGUGCUCUUAAUAAACAUGAAAAAACACACAGUGGAGAGAAACCCUAUGAAUGUAGUCAAUGUGGUAAAAGAUUCAGUUAUUCCACUUCUCUUCAGAGACACGAAAGAACGCACAGUGGAGAGAAACCCUAUGAAUGUAAACAAUGUAGUAAAACAUUCAGUAGAUCCAGUACUCUUCACACACAUGAGAGAACGCACAGUGGAGAGAAACCCUAUGAAUGUAAACAAUGUAGUAAAGCAUUCAGUCAGUGCAGUUCUCUUCAGAAACAUGAAAGAACGCACAGUGGAGAGAAACCCUAUGAAUGUAAACAAUGUAAUAAAACAUUCAGUAGGUCAAGUCAUCUUCGGAGACAUGAAAGAAUUCACAAUGGAGAGAAAUUCUAGGAAUGGAAACAAUGUAGUAAAGCCUUUGGUGAUUCCUCUACUCAACAGGUACUUAAAAGAACUCACAGUGGAGAGAAACCUUAUGAAUAUAGAUGAUGCAGUGGAAUAUUGAGUCAGUUAAGUCAUCUUUAAUCACAUGAAAUAAUGCACAAUGGAGAGAAACCCUAGGAAUAUAGACAAUUCAGAAAACCUUUCUAUUACUCCACUACUAAUA